AUGGGUGAAGAACUUUUUUGGGCAAUCACAGGUGGUGGUGGUGUGAGCUUCGGUGUUAUUCUAGCAUACAAGAUCAAACUGGUUCGUGUUCCUCCCGUUGUGACAGUCUUUAACAUCCAAAGAACAUCACAACAGAAGCUCAGCACCAUCGCCCACCGGUGGAUACAAGUUGCCGAUAAACUCGAUAAUGACGUUUUCGUUCGAAUGACUUUUGACGUCAUAAACAACAGAAAUGGGAAAAAGAUUAUUCGUGCAACAUUUCCAACAUUGUACCUAGGAAAGUCGGCAGCACUUGUUACACUCAUGAACAAGGAUUUUCCACAAUUAGGGUUGAAAAAGUCGGACUGUAUUGAAAUGAGUUGGAUUGAGUCUGUGCUUUUCUACAGAAACUUCUCCAUCGGUACUCCAACUACAGCUCUUCUAAGCCGUACAGCUGAAAAACUCAACCCAUUAAAGAUCCAAUCGGAUUACGUGAAAGACCCUAUUUCAAAACAAGGAUUCGAAUUCAUAUUUGAAAAGAUGAAAGAACUUGAAAACCAACUGUUGGAUUUCAACCCAUAUGGUGGAAGAAUGAGUGAAAUUUCGGAAUUUGCAAAGCCUUUCCCGCAUCGAUCAGGAAACAUAGCGAAGAUUCAAUAUGAAGUAAACUGGGAAGAACUUGGCGUUCAAGCAGCCAAACGAUAUGCGAAUUUCACAAGGAUGAUGUAUGAUUACAUGACUCCAUUUGUUUCUAAGAAUCCUAGGGCAACAUUUCUGAACUACAGGGAUUUGGACAUUGGUGUCAACAGCCAUGGCAAGAAUGCUUACGCUGAAGGGAUGAUUUAUAGGCACAAGUAUUUCAAAGAUACGAAUUAUAACAGGCUAACGAUGGUGAAGACGAGGGUUGAUCCUAAUAAUUUCUUUAGGAAUGAGCAAAGUAUUCUAACCUUGUCAUCUUGA